AUGGUGAGACUAUCAUUUGGAGAAAAGAACUUCAUUAGAGGUGGUAUUGCUCAAAAUCUUCGUUGUGAUGGUCGGAAACGCUUAUCUGUCAAGGCAGAAUUAGGGAGACCCAAUUUGUCUCAACCCGAUAAAGGAAAGGUUUCAAUACACAUUGAUUGUAGUGCUACGGCUGCACCUAUCUUUCAGUCACAGGGCAAAGGGGGUGAGGCAUUAUCAACAGAACUUGCUGCUGAUCUUCAGUGUUGCCUCUUGGAUGGUAAAAGUGGAGCAGGAGCUGGAAUUGACCUUUCAUCCCUAUCUAUUGUGGAAGGGAAGGUUUGUUGGGAUCUUUAUAUUGAUGGCCUUGUGGUUAGUUCAGAUGGGAAUAUGCUGGAUACCUUAGGUGCUGCAAUCAAGGCUACUUUAAGUGAUACCGGCAUUCCAAAAGUUAAUGUCAUUGCUGCUGAUUCAACAUCUGCUGGUGAUCAACCUGAAGUUGAUGUUAGCGAUGAAGAAUUUUUACAGUUUAACACUUCUGCAGUACCUGUGAUUGUUACAGUAACCAAGGUAGGAAAACAUUACAUAGUAGAUGCAACAGAAGAGGAGGAAUCUCAAAUGAGUUCCGCAAUGUCUGUCUCUAUCAAUAGGAAAGGCCUUAUAUGUGGUCUUUCCAAGCGUGGGGGUGCAGGUGUAGAUCCAAGUAUAGUCCUUGAUAUGAUCUCAGUAACAAAACACGUGAGCGAGAAUUUUGUUAACAAAUUAGACUCUGAGAUAGCUGCUGCAGAAGCUCCUGAGGAAGAAUCAUGAAAACUGAUUUACUUUUUUGAAAUAAGCUCCAAUGUUUUUGCAGAACAGUGAAUUUUGAUCUAGGAAAUUAUGUUUCAUACAGGUAGAUUCUAGAUUGUAUCAAGUGUCAAGAUAUAGUGAUAUAUUAUAAUUA